AUGUGGCGGGAGAAUGCAGGGAUAAAGCUGGCAAAGAUGGGGAAAAUUGGCUAUGCUCUCCUGGUACUCCAAGCUCUUCUGGCGCAAUUGGAUCUUGUUCGUGGAGCAGAGAAAAGUUAUCCCAUACUCAACAUUGCAGUGAUUCUGGGGAGGACCAAGUAUAUCACAGAGCGAGACAUCCGAGCUCUCUGGAGCAGGGAAAUGUCAGCAGACUUGGCCAUUGAUGUCAACGUAGUGACCCUUUUGGUGAACCAGACUGACCCUAAAAGCAUUAUAACGCAUGUUUGUGACUUGAUGUCAGGCACCAAGAUCCAUGGGGUAAUUUUUGGAGACGAUACUGAUCAGGAGGCGAUAGCUCAGAUUUUGGAUUUUAUUUCAUCUCAGACUUUUAUUCCAAUUCUGGGAAUUCAUGGCGGCUCCUCCAUGAUCAUGGCAGAUAAGGAUGUGAUGUCCACAUUCUUCCAGUUUGGGGCUUCUAUCCAGCAGGAAGCCAUUGUCAUGCUGAAAGUGAUGCAAGAUUAUGACUGGCAUGUUUUUUCCCUGGUGACCAGCACCUUUCCUGGAUACCGGGACUUCAUAAGUUUCAUCAAGACCACAGUGGAAAACAGUUUUGUGGGCUGGGACAUGCAGAAUGUGAUCAUACUUGAUACUGCCAUUGGGGAUGCCAAGACCCAGAUUCAGUUGAAGAAAAUUCAUUCAUCUGUUAUCCUGCUUUAUUGUUCCAAGGAUGAAGCUGUUUACAUUCUGGAUGAAGCCCGUUCCCUAGGCCUUACAGGCUAUGAUUUCUUCUGGAUAGUCCCCAGCCUGGUUAGUGGCAACACAGAAAUCACUCCCAAGGAAUUUCCUUCAGGGCUAAUUUCAGCAUCCUAUGAUGAAUGGGACUAUAGUUUAGAAGCUCGGGUGCGGGAUGCUCUUGGGAUUAUCAGCACAGCUGCAUCAGCCAUGUUGGAAAAGUACUCCUUCAUUCCAGAAGCAAAAACCAGCUGCUAUGGACAACUAGAGAAGAAUGAACGACCAUCUCACACGCUACACAAGUUUAUGAUGAAUGUGACUUGGGAAGGUAAAGAUUUGUCCUUCACAGAAGAUGGCUACCAGGCACACCCAAAGCUGGUGGUGAUAGUGCUGAACAAGGACCGGAAGUGGGAAAAGGUGGGAAAAUGGGAGAACAAGACUCUGAGCCUGACGUAUUCCGUAUGGCCAAGAUUUAGUUCUUUCGCAGACAGUGACCCUGAUGACAACCACUUGAGUAUUGUUACCCUGGAGGAGGCCCCCUUUGUCAUCGUUGAGGAUAUGGAUCCUUUGACAGAAACUUGUGUAAAAAACACUGUGCCAUGCCGUAAAUUUGUCAAAAUUAACAACUCAACUAAUGAAGGAACUAACAUAAAGAAAUGUUGCAAGGGAUUCUGCAUUGACAUCCUGAAGAAGUUAUCUAGAACUGUGAAGUUUACAUAUGACCUAUAUCUGGUGACCAAUGGGAAGCAUGGCAAAAAGGUCAAUAAUGUGUGGAAUGGAAUGAUUGGUGAAGUGGUCUAUCAGAGAGCAGUUAUGGCUGUGGGUUCUCUUACAAUUAAUGAAGAGCGUUCAGAAGUGGUUGACUUCUCAGUGCCAUUUGUUGAGACUGGGAUAAGUGUCAUGGUGUCAAGGAGCAAUGGCACGGUGUCUCCAUCUGCAUUUCUAGAGCCUUUUAGUGCUUCUGUCUGGGUGAUGAUGUUUGUGAUGCUUCUCAUUGUGUCCGCCAUGGCUGUCUUUAUAUUUGAGUACUUUAGUCCUGUAGGAUAUAACAGGAACUUAGCAAAAGGGAAAGCUCCCCACGGGCCAUCCUUCACCAUUGGAAAAGCAGUGUGGUUGCUCUGGGGCUUGGUGUUCAACAACUCUGUGCCUGUUCAAAACCCAAAAGGGACAACCAGCAAAAUCAUGGUGUCAGUUUGGGCCUUUUUUGCUGUCAUUUUCCUGGCUAGCUACACUGCCAACCUGGCUGCAUUUAUGAUUCAAGAGGAAUUUGUUGACCAGGUGACUGGGCUAAGUGAUAAAAAGUUUCAGAGGCCACAUGAUUAUUCACCCCCCUUUCGAUUUGGAACCGUUCCAAAUGGGAGCACAGAGAGAAACAUCAGAAACAAUUACCCAGAUAUGCACCUCUAUAUGACAAAGUAUAAUCAGAAAGGCGUUGAGGAUGCAUUGGUCAGCUUGAAAACUGGGAAGUUGGAUGCUUUCAUCUAUGAUGCAGCAGUGCUGAAUUACAAGGCUGGAAGAGAUGAGGGCUGCAAACUUGUAACAAUAGGCAGCGGAUACAUCUUUGCCACUACGGGCUAUGGAAUAGCUCUCCAGAAAGGGUCACCUUGGAAGAGACAGAUUGACCUAGCACUCCUUCAGUUUGUUGGUGAUGGAGAGAUGGAAGAAUUGGAAACACUGUGGUUGACUGGUAUUUGUCAUAAUGAGAAGAAUGAAGUCAUGAGCAGCCAGCUGGAUAUUGACAACAUGGCAGGCGUAUUUUACAUGCUCGCAGCAGCUAUGGCACUCAGCCUAAUAACCUUUGUCUGGGAACAUUUGUUUUACUGGAAACUCAGAUUCUGCUUCACUGGGGUCUGCACAGAUAGGCCAGGAUUGUUGUUCUCAAUCAGUAGGGGUAUUUAUAGCUGUAUUCAUGGAGUGCACAUUGAGGAAAAGAAGAAAUCACCUGACUUUACUUUGACCAGCUCCCAAACCAACAUGUUAAAACUACUGCGAACAGCCAAAAAUAUGACCAAUAUUAAUCCUUCAAGAAUUAAUUCCCCCAAAAGAACAGGUGAUUUUAUUCAAAGGGGUUCGCUAAUUAUGGACAUGGUCAUGGAUAAGGGGAAUUUGAUAUUCUCUGAAAACAGAUCCUUUCAGCCAAAGGACAACAUUUUUGGUGACAAUAUGAGUGAACUGCAAACAUUUGUCACCAACCGACACAAAGACAAUCUUAACAACUAUGUUUUCCAAGGUCAGCAUCCUCUCACACUAAAUGAAUCAAAUCCAAAUACAGUGGAAGUUGCUGUUACAGCAGAAGCAAAAGUAAACUCCAGACCCAGGCAGCUUUGGAAGAAAUCUGUGGAAUCUUUACGUCAAGAAUCGAUUCGUCAGAGCCAAGGUUCACAGAGAGAAAAUGGUUCAGAAGAAAAUAGGCAGCAUUCUGUAAAGGGCCAGAGAUACCUUCCUGAAGAGAUUGUCCAUUCGGAUGUAUCAGAGACCUCAAGCAGAACCACUUGCCAUAUGGAACCCGAAAACAAUAAUAAACACCACAAAACCAAGGACAAUGUUAAAAAAAGAUCAGUGGUGUCAAAAUACCCAAAGGACUGUAGUGAUGUGGAGCUGACAUACCUGAAAGCCAAACAAAGCACUCCUCGGGAUAAAAUUUACACAAUCGAUGCUGACAAGCAGCCAGGUCUCCACCUGAACCCACCCCCGUAUAUUGAAAAUAUUGUCCUUCCAGAGACUAUUGAAUUCCCUGCUGUUUACCAAGAUCACAAUGACAACUACAGGAAAGCAGAACAUGGUAACAGGACUCCUUUGCAUAAUGAAGACAGUCUUCCAAAUAAUGACCAGUACAAACUUUAUUCAAAGCACUAUAGCUUAAAAGAUAAAAAUGCUUCCCUAGUCGAGGUGAAUGAUAGAUACAGACAGAAUUCCACCCAUUGCAGGAGCUGUCUUUCCAAUCUGCCCAGUUACACAGGCCAUUAUUCAAGCAGGUCUCCCUAUAAAUGUGAUGCUUGCUUGCGGAUGGGGAACUUAUAUGAUAUUGAUGAAGAUCAAAUAUUGCAGGAAGCAGCCAACUCAGAGCAUCCUGAAGAAAUGUAUGAACAUGACUGGGUUCAGAAUAAUGCAAUCCAGCAUCAGAAAAAGGAUAAGCUGAGGAUCAGCAGGCAACACUCUUUCGACAACAUCCUCGAUAAGUGCCGGGACAUAGAUAUUGGAAGACCUGCUCGCAGCAUAAGCUUGAAAGAGAAAGAGAGGUUUCUAGACAGCAGCUCAUAUGCAAACACAUUUCAUGUCCCCCCAAGCAAACUGUUGAGUAACAAGAGCUCACUUGUAACGCAAACUCUGGAGGACAGUAAGCGGAGCAAAUCCCUGUAUCCUGAUCACUCUGCAGAUAACCCUUUUCUGCACUCCUAUCGUGAUGACCAGCACUUCGUUUUUGGGCGAAGUCCUGCUGAUCUUUACAAACAAUCAUUAGCAGCAAAAGCAAGAAAUGAUAAUUAUUCAAAGUCAUCCAUAAAGUCCACAGCAUCAUACAGUUCCCGAGAUGGCCGGGUCCAUAAUGAUAUGUACCUUUCAGAGCAUGUUAUGCCUUAUGUUGCAAAUAAGAAUAGUGUGUACUCAACUCCAAGAGUUUUAAAUUCCUGCAGCAAUAGACGUGUGUAUAAGAAAAUGCCUAGUAUUGAAUCAGACGUUUAA